CAUGAUUUGAUUCAUUCGGACUUUGCAGUGAGUUUAGUCAGUGCCUAGUGACAUGGUUUUACUUUCUGCUACAGGUGGGGAAGUUUGGUAACUUGGACUGUAUUAGUGGGACAGAUGCAGACCUGGGAUGAUAUUCAAUGAUAACGGCAUUACACCUGGUGAGAAAUAAAGGUGCCCCUGAGUGUGACAAAGCUCAGGAAAUUAGCAGAGGACUUGGCAAGAACGGGAACCUGUUGCUCCUGUGCUGGCACAAUCACCAGCUGACACAAUGAAUGAACGGAGCCCGCUGCUCACUUACCCCCUCUGGUCCUUGUCCAUAGAGGAAGCCACUAGAAAUGGAGCUUCUGGCAACCCUAAGCAGCAGGGACAAGGAGCCCCCACUGCCCAACGAAAACUCACUACCUUCUUUGGGGUUGUGGUGCCCACCCUGCUUGCUAUGUUCAGUGUGGUGCUUUUUCUCAGGAUAGGGUUCGUGGUUGGUCAAGCAGGUCUGUAUGAGACAGUGGGAAUGCUUGUGUUAUCCUAUUUUAUCAUUGGCAUGACUGUUCUAUCCGUUUGUGCCAUCUCUACUAAUGGCGCUCUGGAUGCUGGUGGAGCGUACUACAUGAUCAGCCGUGCUCUUGGCCCUGAGUUUGGUGGCAGUAUUGGCAUUAUGUUUUUCUUUGCCAAUGUCUGUGGCUGUGCCCUGUACAUUCUGGGGUUGGUGGAAGCUAUCGUGGAUAUGUUUGGAAUCACACCAGAACAAAACCUGAAUCGUGGAGUUCAUGUCCUUCCUAGCAGCUAUUGGUACGAGUUGCUUUACGGCACCAUCCUUCUCCUUGUGUGUCUUGUUGUCUGUCUGGUCGGAGCAGCUAUUUACGCCAAGGCUACCUUUAUCAUCUUUCUUGUGGUUAUGGUGGUUCUAAUCACUGUAUUCAUCAGCUUCUUUGCAGUGAAGGAAAAUAUUGUUCCCAUAGUAAUUACAAAUGGUAGUGGGACUAUUCACUUAAAUGGGACAUUUACCGGAUUUAAACUAUCAACGCUGAAGGAUAACUUGUACCCUCACUAUUCUGUGGAUUAUACCACAGGGAAAAUGAUGAGCUUCACCACUGUCUUUGCUGUCAUGUUUAAUGGCUGCACAGGGAUUAUGGCUGGAUCCAACAUGUCAGGAGAUUUAAAAAACCCAAGUUAUUCUAUUCCAAGAGGAACCAUCACUGCAGUGAUAUUAACUUACAUUAUAUAUAACCUUCUCUCCCUGAUGAUCAGCUGCACCUGUGAAAGGACCCUCCUGCUGAAUGACUACAGCUUCCUACGUGACAUCAACAUCUGGCAUCCUUUUGUCACCAUUGGAAUUUACUGUUCCACACUCUCAGCCUCUAUGAGUAGUUUGAUUGGAGCUUCACGAAUCCUCUAUGCCUUGGGGAAGGAUGAACUUUUUGGAAAACUCUUGAUACCAGCAAAGAAGACAUCUCGCGGAGGAAAUCCAUGGGUUUCGGUUAUCAUUUCCUGGUUCCUUGUUCAGUUGGUGCUGUUUGCAGGAAAACUUAACACCAUUGCAGCUAUUGUGACCAUCUUUUUUCUGCUGGUGUACGCAGCUGUGGGACUCGCAUGUUUGGCUUUGGAAUGGGCUUCUGCACCAAACUUCAGACCAACGUUUCGUUAUUUUACGUGGUACACAUGCAUACUGGGAAUCCUGGGUUGUUUGGUCAUGAUGUUCCUAAUCCAACCAAUCUACGCCUCGGCUAGCAUCGUAUUCAUGCUGAUCUUACUCUUAUGCCUUCACUAUCUGUCACCCAGCAGUAGCUGGGGCUACAUCAGUCAGGCCCUCAUCUUCCAUCAGGUCAGGAAGUACCUUCUCAUGCUGGAUGUGCGGAAGGAUCAUGUCAAGUUCUGGCGCCCUCAGGUUCUGCUGAUGGUUUCUAACCUGAAUUGCAACAAAAAUCUCAUCACAUUUGCAAAUGACCUGAAGAAAAGUGGUCUCUUUGUCCUGGGACACGUAGAACUGGAAGAGCUGGAUGUGCUGCCCUCUGAUCCUCUGCAGACACAGACUGACUCUUGGCUGCAGUUAGUAGAUGAGCUGAACAUCAAAGCCUUUGUGAACCUGACCCUUUCAGACUCAGUAAGGCACGGGGCCCAGCAACUGCUCUUCAUUUCAGGGCUGGGUGGAAUGCGGCCCAACACUGUUGUACUUGGCUUCUACAGCCGAUCUAAUCCUGAAGACUUGCUAAUUAAUGACCAAGAAAUCGACAAUGAUUGUACACCUCCAUUUUUAUUUUCUUCAGCUGGCAAAAAGCCAUCCAUAUCAAAUUUCUCUCCUUGGGAGUAUGUAGCUAUUAUUGCUGACUCCAUCAAAAUGUCCAAAAAUGUGGUUCUUGCAAGGAACUUCACUCAGUUUGAUAGAUCUUGUAUUUCCAGUGCCCGUGGCAAGGAAGCAUACAUUGACGUGUGGCCACUUAACCUUCUACGACCAGACAGCACGGCUUAUGUGGACACUUGUAGUCUAUUCCUACUGCAGAUGGCCUGCAUCUUAAACAUGGUCCGAUCCUGGAAAAAAGCCAAAAUGCGUCUUUUUCUCUGUGUGGAGGCAGAUAGUGGUCUGCGGGGCCAAGAAGUUAAACUGAAAAAACUGCUAAAGGACCUUCGGAUCAAAGCAUCAAUCCAGACAGUAGCAUGGGAUUCUGUUGUGUCUCUCCACUGGCACAAACAAGUGGCUACAAAUUCAGAAACAGCAGAUGAGGCGUAUCUCAACUUUCCAAACAAUUCAAUCAGAAUCUCAAAUGAAUAUUUGCAGGCUGUUAACCAAAUGAUUCUACAGCAGAAUCCUUUGUCCCCUCCAAUUGUCCGUUUCUUGUAUCUUCCCCGCCCUCCUGCAGACACAGCCAUCUAUUCUAGGUUCCUUCAUCAGUUGGAGGUAAUGACUAGAAAUUUAGGGCCCACUUUGCUCAUUCAUGGGAUUACUGCUGUAACAAGCACUGAGCUUUGAUAUAUCAGGAACAAGAGUAUGAAGGCAUUACCUAAGCAACAGUGUCUGCUUCAUAGUAAGUAGUAGAGUCAGAAGUUGCAAGUCCUACAUAAAGUAGCGUUUUUUUGUAAUACCUUUAAAUAUUGCAAUCCAGACACAUUGUAUAAUAUGUGCCACUCUGACAAGGAUUUCAUACAAGUUCAUCAAUUCAUUUGUUUUCUUUAUUUUUUUUAAAUAUAUUGCUAGGACUCUGAGGUUGGUGAUUAAUACCACAAUGUUUUCUUCAUUGGAUGUUAAUUUUUUUAUGUUUUUAUUUUAUUAGAUUUGAACAUCUGAAAAUAAGCACAAAACAAAAGAUAGCAUAAGAGGGUGCAUUGGUACAGAAUAAUACUUGCUACAGGCAGAAAAAAAUAAAUCCCAAAUAAAUCAAAUACAUGCAACCAAACAAGUAUUUUUUGUUUAGAAUUUUUUUCUUGAAUUGUGUUCUUAUAACUCAUGACUCACUGGCAUAAAUCUGUUUAAAUACAUUGAGAAAAUCAGUGUUAAAAAAUGACGUUUUAGUUAGAUCAGCUUUAAAGAAAAUGUAUUUUUGGAUCACAACAGAGAAAUACUCAAUGUAAAAGAUAAUGGUAAGAAAAAUGUAAAGUAACUUUUGAAAUCUUUGUUGCACAGAGCAGAUGAUUUUGGAUACUGCAAUUCUGUUAAUUACAAUGACAUUGAGCAGUUUUACAAUGCAUGUUCCCCUUACUAUAAGUAACUUCUCUCUUGAGGUAUAUUCUGUCCUCUGACUGUGGUACUGCUCUCAAAGCUGCCUAUGAAUUAAGAGGUCUGCUAUGCCCAUGAGACAGACUCAUCUCCCCAUAACCUUGUGCUCGAUUGAUAUGUGAGGGUAGUUUGGGUAAUGCCUGGAACAGACUAAUCUUUUCUGAAUGUUAUGGUGUUACUGCCUUACUAUAUUCUAAUUACAAUCUCAUUUCAGCCUUAACAUAAAACUCCCAUAGUUGUGUUCAAUUUCUUAAAUCCUUUUUUCCUUCUUUUUUUUCUUCAUUUUUAAAACUCAGGAAUGUAAUUGUAUUUUCUCAAAAUACAACAGGCAAAAUAAGACUGAUAUUUUGUUCUAGUUUACUUUUGUAAAAGUACAGCUUAUUUUGCACCCUAUAAAAGCUUUCACUGAACCAAGCAAAUAUUAUUUUUAUAUCAAAAUGACUUGUUUAAGUGCAAACUAAGACAAUUGUAUAUUCAUUUUUUGUAACUAGGUAAAGUUGUUAAUAUUUCCAUUAAAGUAAAUCAUGUAAGAAACUUUAUUCAAACUUUAACAUAUGCACAUUGUAAAGAAAAUAUUAAAACUGGUUUCUUAAAACAAA